AUGAGUGUCCUCAAUGGCUGGAUCACCGGUUGUGACUUGAGAGACGAAAGUCGCCUGCUUGAUCUUUCUCUUCAAGGCUUAGGCACGAUCCGAUCUGUGCUUUUCUCUUUGGCUUGUCAAAAUCAAGGGGAACUAGCCCAACAUCCUCUUCGGGCCUCUAUCCUUCUUCAGGAGAGACCUCCAAACGGAUUCUCUCGGCUUGGUCUUGACUCUUUUAUUGCAGUUGUGGAGUAG